GCCGGCUGUGAGGCGAUGGCGGCGCCGCACGGCGAGAAGCUGGAGGGAGGCGUCCCGGCACCGCCGCCCCCGCCGGGGGGGGGCCCGCACCCCGCGGGCAGCGCCGCCGCCGGCGGGCCCGGCAGGAAGCAGGGGAAGGCAGGGCUGCAGAUGAAAAGCCCCGAGAAGAAGCGGCGGAAAUCCAACACGCAGGGCCCGGCCUACUCGCACCUGUCGGAGUUCGCCCCGCCGCCCACGCCCAUGGUGGAUCACCUGGUGGCCUCCAACCCCUUCGAGGACGACUUCGGCCCCCCCAAGGUGGGCGCGGCGGCGGCGGCGGCCCCGUUCCUGGGCAGCCCCGUGCCCUUCGGCAGCUUCCGCGUGCAGGGGGGGAUGGCGCCGCAGGUGCCCCCCGGUUACGGCGGGGGGCCGCAGCCCCUGCGGAGGCAGCCGCCGCCGCCCUUCGCCCCCGGCCAGAUGGGCCCGGCCUUCGGCAUGCCCCCCCAGAACCCCGGCUACGUGCAGCCCGGGGCCAUGAGCUUCCCCGGGCAGCCCUUCGGGCAGCCCCUCGGACAGAACUUCAGCCCCCCCACGGGGCAGCUCAUGCAGGGGCCCGUCGGGGGCUUCGGGCCCAUGAUCUCGCCCACCAUGGGGCAGCCCCCCCGGGGGGACAUGGGCCCCGGGCCGGCCCUCAACCCCCCCGGCGGGCCGGCCAUGGCUCAGCGCUUCAGCCAGCCCGGCAACCUCUUCGGACAGUCCCCCAUGCAGCGCCCCGGGCAGAACAUGCCCCCCCUGCCCCCCAACGCCAGCCCUUUCCCCGGGGCGGACCCCGGCUUCCCCGCCGGCGGCGAGGAGGGGGGUAAGAACCUGAACCCCCCUCCCAGCACCUUCCCCCAGGAGCAGCACUCGGGCUCCCCGGCUGCCGUUAACGGGGCGCAGCCCAGCUUCGCCCCCCCGAGCGCCGGCCGCGGCGGCGGCACCCCUGAGACCAACAGCCUCCCGCCCCCCGGCAAGGCGGCCGGCGGCUCGGGGCACCAGCCGCCCCCGGGGUUGGUGUACCCGUGCGGGGCCUGCCGCAACGAGGUGAACGACGACCAGGACGCCAUCCUGUGCGAGGCCUCCUGCCAGAAGUGGUUCCACCGCGAGUGCACGGGCAUGACGGAGAACGCCUACGGGCUGCUCACCACCGAGGCUUCGGCCGUCUGGGCCUGCGACUUCUGCCUGAAGACGAAGGAGAUCCAGUCGGUGUACGUCCGCGAGGGCAUGGGACAGCUGGUGGCCGCCAACGACGGCUGAGCCGCCGCCCCCCCCACCCCCCCGCAGCCCCCUUCCGCCCCCCCCCGCCUUGUACAGCUCCCCGCGCAGUUUUAGGACCAAACCCCCCCCCCCCUUUUUGUAGCCGUUGGACUACAAAGCGCGGGACGGCGCCGGGCGGCCCCCGCCGGGACGCGCGGGGGGGCUCUGGCUGUGCCGGUGUGUGCCCUCGGGGGGGGGGCUCCCUCGUGGGGGGGGGGGGGGGGCUCCAUCGUGCUGGUGCUCGGGGGCUGAAGCUUCCCUGGCCCCCCCCCCGGUGGGCUCUGCCUGCUGGCAUGGGUGCCCCGGGGGGAAACGUGCCCCCC